ACGAACUUUUUUAUAAUUUAUUUUCCUCCGUUCUCCGCUCUCCGCUUCGCCACAGUUCGUGAAGAAUCCCUAAACCCUAGAAUGGAGGUAGAAACAUCGAGUUCUUCGACGUCGAGCCUCGUUAACAAAGCCGUCCUUCCCGGUGACGUUGCUUUGGACCUUACAAGCUUGUCUGAUCAGACAAUCAGGCUGGGAGCGGGGUUGCGCCAGAACUGUGAUGUGGUAUCAGCUGUGAAGGCUGGGAAGCUUAAGUUCAAAAAGCCAAAUAAGUACUGGGUAGAAAGCUCGCAAAAGAGAUAUGUUCCCACUGUAGAAGAUACAGUUCUUGGUAUUGUUGUGGAUGCUAGAGCAGAUAACUUUCUAGUAGACAUAAAAGGCCCAACAUUAGCUUUUUUGCCAGUACUUGCAUUUGAAGGAGGGACAUGAAGAAAUAUACCAAAAUUUGAGAUAGGUACACUGCUAUAUUCUCGCAUUGAUAAAGCUAAUUCCUGUAUGAAUCCAGAGUUAGCAUGCACUGAUGCUAGUGGGAAAGCUGCCGAAUUUGGUUCUUUGAAAGAAGGCUAUAUGUUUGACACAUCAACAGGUUUGGCACGAAUGCUAUUAAGCUCCCCAACAUGUCCGAUUCUGGAAGCCCUUGGAAGGAAGCUUUCUUUUGAGAUAGCCGUUGGAUUGAAUGGACGUGUUUGGGUGAAUGCUGCUUCUCCAUCCACUGUGAUUCUUGUAUCUAAUGCGAUUAUGAGAUCUGAAUUUUUGAGUGAUGUGCAGCAAAAAAUUCUGGUGGAGAAACUGAUGCAGAGGGUACAGGGAUAGCAGGUCUGUAAAAUAAAUAUGAUUUUUUCUCUUGGAACGGUCGUGAUCCUAUGUCAAUUUUCUUUUUUCUAGUAUUUUUGGGAUUUUUAAGGAAAAAAAAAUUGCAGAAAAGUUUUUCCCUUGUUUUUAACCAUGUUUUAUGUAGAAAAUUUUGUUUAUUGCAGUCUACUAUUUUUCGAUUAUUUUUAU